AUGGUCCGCCCACACAGCUCCAUCCUACGGGGAGCUCUACGUACCAUCCAAUCUCGCCCCUCGACAGGCAUUUCCCAGCAAAGACUCUUUGCCGCCUCGGCCCGAUGCCGCGCCAACGAAAAGCAACAAGCUUCCUUCAAGAGCCAGCUCUAUGAGAGCACCCAGCAGCGUUUGAAGCGCGAACGCGCUGAGCAGGAGCGCUAUGCUCAAUAUCAGACUCAGUCGUCUGGUGGCCGCUAUGCGGCUAUGAUGUUCGCUCUGAUCUUCUUCUCAUCCGGCGGUUACUACCUCGGAUCUCUCAAGCCCGCCGCCCUCCCUACUUCCUCUACAACCUCCCUUGCAGACCUCGAGCCUCCCAAGCACAAUGUCUCUCAGUCCAAUCUCCAAGCUGCUUGGUCCGACUUUGUCGAGAUCCUCGGCAAAGAGAACGUAUCGACUUCCCCCGGUGAUCUCGAGACCCAUGCCGGCUCCGACUGGUCAUCCUAUACUCGCAAGGAGGACGAGAAGCCCUUCCUUAUCCUGUAUCCCGCCUCUACCGAGGAGGUUUCGCGCAUCAUGAAAGUGUGCCAUCAGCGCGUUAUCCCCGUUACCCCGUACUCGGGUGGUACCAGUCUGGAGGGUCACUUUGCAUCCACGCGUGGAGGUGUGUGCAUUGACUUCCGCCGCAUGAACCGUAUCCUGGAUCUCCACAAGCGCGAUCUGGAUGUCGUCGUCCAGCCUGCCGUGGGCUGGGAGGAUUUGAAUGAGCAGCUAGCCAAGGACGGCCUGUUCUUCCCCCCGGACCCAGGUCCCGGUGCUAUGAUCGGUGGUAUGGUUGGAACGGGCUGCUCGGGUACCAAUGCCUACCGCUACGGCACGAUGCGUGAGUGGGUGCUUUCGCUGACUGUCGUCCUGGCCGAUGGAACGGUUAUCAAGACCCGUCAGCGCCCGCGCAAGUCCAGCGCCGGUUAUGACUUGACGAAACUCUUCAUCGGCAGCGAGGGUACCCUCGGCCUGAUCACCGAGGCCACUUUGAAGUUGACGGUCAAGCCUGCCAGCCAGAACGUUGCCGUCGCUAGCUUCCCCAGCAUUCAGAGUGCUGCCGAGUGUGUCACCCACGUCGUCGAGGCGGGCAUUCCCGUCGCAGGUGUUGAGAUCCUCGACGACGUGCAGAUGAAGUGCAUCAAUGCUAGUGGUUACACCAGCCGUGAGUGGAAGGAGUCUCCUACCAUCUUCUUCCGUUUCGCUGGUACCCCUGGCGCUGUCAAGGAGCAAGUCGGGAUGGUGCAGAAGAUCGCCUCCAAGACUUCUAGCAAGUCGUUUGAGUUUGCUCGCGGUGAUGAGGAAAUGUCUGAGCUGUGGAGUGCCCGCAAGGCUGCUCUGUGGAGUGUCAUGGCCAUGCGCAGAAACCCAGAUGACCACGUCUGGACUACUGAUGUCGCAGUCCCCAUGAGCAGACUGCCUGAUAUCAUCGAUGCUACUAAGGCCGAUAUGACCAAGAGUGGCCUCUUGGCUGGUAUCUGCGGUCACGUUGGUGAUGGUAACUUCCACGCCAUCAUCCUCUUCGGCGACAAGGAAAAGGAAAUCGCCGAGGGCGUCGUCCACCGCAUGGUCAAGCGGGCCGUGGAGAUGGAGGGCACCGUAACUGGCGAGCACGGCGUCGGCCUGGUCAAGCGCGAUUAUCUUGCCCACGAGCUAGGCGAGUCUACCGUGGACGCUAUGCGCCGGCUGAAAUUGGCCUAUGACCCUCUCCGUUUGCUCAACUGCGACAAGGUUGUCCGCACCGAGCAGCCUGCACCGGGCGAGGUUAAGGAAUGGUAG